AUGUCCAGCUCUUCGCUUAUUCAAGUAGACAAUUUCUCCAGCUGGAAGCAUGUACACAACACUGUUGCUUUCGUCUUGCGUUAUGUGUCCAAUUUACGUAAAAAGGCUAAACAGCAGCAAGUCAAUUUAGGACCGCUUCCUAUGACGGAGCUUGGGGAGGCAGAAACGUAUCUAUUCCGUACAGCACAACGCGAAGGAUUUCCAGAUGAUAUAGCUACCUUGGAGCAAUCGCGCUCAACUACUUCUGUGAAGUCACUUCCAAAAACGAGUUUGCUGUAUAAACUGGACCCAUGGUUGGACGAGAGAGGAGUUACGAGGAUGCGUAGUAGGAUUGGCGCAUGCCAAUUCAUCAGUGACGAUACUACACACCCAAUAAUACUACCCCGGAAGCAUCCCGUCACCACACUAAUUAUUAGAUACUACCAUCACAAAUAUCACCAUUGUAACCAUGAAACCGUGGUCAACGAACUUAGACGGAGAUUUCACAUUUCACGCAUCCGCGUCGAAUUGGCUUCGGUCCGGCGAAAUUGUCAAAAAUGCAAGAAUGAGACAGCAGUUCCUCGACCGCCGAUCAUGGCGGACCUUCCAGCGGUUCGACUUGGGGCAUUCGCUCGACCCUUCACGUACAUCGGAGUGGAUUAUUUUGGUCCCAUGGAAGUGGUCGUCGGCAGAAGGACGGAAAAACGAUGGGGAAUGCUGAUUACCUGUUUGACCGUCCGCGCUAUUCAUAUUGAGCUGGUCUGCUCACUUAACACCAGUUCGUGUAUUAUGGGCUUGCGAAACUUCAUCUCACGCAGAGGUACUCCACGAAAAAUCUACAGUGAUCGCGGUACAAAUUUUAUCGGCGCUUCCCGCGAACUGGAAGAAGCCAUGGCAACUGUCAACCAAACAACAUUAAUGACACCACACAUGGGCGGGUGUUGGGAAAGAUUGAUACGAACGGUAAAGACCAAUCUCAUGGCGAUUCGUCCAGCAUCAAAACUUACGGAUGAGGUGCUACGUAAUACGCUUAUCGAGGUGGAAAACGUCGUCAAUUCGCGGCCUCUGACACACGUCCCAAUCGAUGAUGAUUCAGCCCCCGCGCUCACCCCGAACCAUUUCCUGCUCGGGUCAUCGAAUGGAUCAAAGCCACUGACCACAUUUGAUGACAGCGGUUCCACAAUGAAGCAAAACUACCUCACCUCUCAGGUCCUAGCCAAUCAAUUCUGGAAGCGCUGGCUCUCCAACGAGGAACACGGUCAGCGUCAGAGUCAAAUCAACGACGACUACAACGAUGACGACGGCAAUGGAGCUCAGCGGCGGAAGCGGAAAGAAGCCAACAAAGGCCAAGACCAAGAUGAAGAAGGCGCGGGAUAG